AUGUCUGCAUUACUCGAUCAAUCUUCUUCAUCGUCAUCUUCUCCCAUUAUAAAUAACAACGAUCCAAUUGAUAAUAAUAAUAAUAUCAGCCAAGAAUCUUCUACCAAUAAUAACAACAUAUCUUCAAUAUUCUCUUUAUUAAAUCAUCACGAACAAUCCAACAACAAUAACAAGAAUGUUACAGAUGAUGUAAAUGUUUCAAGCGAUUCUUCUAAUAAUCAAACUAGCGAUGUUGUUAGUGACAUCACCACAUCUGAUAAUUCAACAGCCAAUUCUUCUUCAACAUCUUCUCAAGAAAACCAUCAUAAUGGUCACUGGAGACGUUAUUCUGAACCAAGCUUAUCCCAUGACAACAAUCAAAAUAAUAAUCAAUCAUCACUUGAAUCUGCUACUGCUAUCGACGUUACCCCAUCUACCGAUCUUACAUCACCUAUCGAUGUUACUUCACCUUCUAAUACUGCUGCCGUUGACGAUAAUGGUCAACAAUCGUCACAAAAAGUCAAACGUAAACGUAUCACUCAAGAUCAAUUAAUUGACCUUAUGUCCGUAUUUGAAAAAACUGACACUCCUAGUUAUGAUGUCCGUGAAAAAUUGGCCAAGAAAUUAAAAAUGACAAACAGAGAAGUUCAGGUGUGGUUCCAAAAUAGACGUGCAAAAGCUAAUCGUGCAAAAGCAAAUGAACAUAAUGCUUCUCAACAACAUCACCGUUUCUUACAUCAUCAUUCGGUUACUGCUACUCACCAUACUGCUAACGGUCAUCAUGGUCGUAAUAAUCGUCGACAUUCUUACGCACACCCUCCCUCCUCCUCACAUUCACCUUCUGCCACAUCAUCACAUAAUAAAAUAACUACUCAACAUAAUCAUAAUCGUACUAGACCAAGAGCAUCAACUGUUUCUGGCGCGACACCUACCCAUAACAACUUUAAUAACAUUAUUAACGUUAAUAAUUAUCAUCAUAACUAUCUUCAUAAUCGUCAUCAUAAUGCCUACAUAUCACCGUCACAUUACAGCAGUGGCAACAAUAACAAUUCAUUAAAUCAAAGAAUGUUGUAUCCAUUACCACCCCUUAAAAUAAAUAAUGAAAAUGGUGACGAUGAAGAUGAAGAUGAAGAUGACCUUGGUUGA